CUCCGGCACAGCGAUGCCGCAUGGGACUCUGGGUAGGAGAGUGUACCUGCAACAUCCGGGCAUUUCGUUCACACUGUAACAAGAUGGCGGUACAAGGCGAAAAGAAGAUAUCGGAGUUGCGUGUUGUUGAUUUACGCCAGGAAUUGGAGACACGUGGUUUAGAUAAAGCUGGUGUAAAAGCUGUGUUACACGAAAGGCUUGCAAAGGCAUUAGAGGAUGAGGGACAUGACCCGGAUGAAUACACAUUUGCAGUAUCAGAUGCUACACCCAAGAAGACAGAAGAAAAGAAAAGAUUGAGAGAAAUAUCAAAAGGAGAGGAAGGAGAAGAAAAUGAGAUGUUAGAAGAAGACAUUGAGGGUGAACUUGAUGAGGAGGGUGAAGACAUUCUGGAUGAUGCAAUCCUUGACCUCGGGGAGGAUGUUGAAGCAGAAGAACAGGGUACCGAUGAGGAGGCAUUUGAGGUUGAUGUGCCUGAGGCUGAUGGAGGGGAAGCCCCUCAAGAUGAUGAUGAAAUGGAGAUGGUUGUCAGGGAGGAUGAUGGUUUAGUAGACUUGGGUGAGGAGGAUCUUGAAGGUGAUGAAGAAGUGCCAGCAGAAGAGGACAUGGAAGAUGUUGACCCGGGACUCAAAGAAGAUGCCGAGCUGGAAAUGGAGACUGAAUUUAUAGAUGAGGCAGAGGAACAAGAGGCUGAUGAAGAAGUGACUGAGGUUGUGACUGUUCCUGAAGUCCCCUCAGUUCCAGCCCCAAAUAAACCCACUACACCAGCAAACACCAAGGCUGCUGCUCCAGCAGUUAAAUCAACACCUGCACCAGCAGCUAAAGCGGCACCUUCUUCAGGAGCUAAAGCAACACCUUCUCCAGGAGCUAAAGCGACACCUUCUCCAGCUGCUAAAGUGACACCUUCUCCAGCUGCUAAAGUGACACCUUCUCCAGCUGCUAAAGUGACACCUUCUCCAGCUGCUAAAGUGACACCUUCUCCAGCCGCUAAAGUGACACCUUCUCCAGCAGCUAAAGCGACACCUUCUCCAGCUGCUAAAGUGACACCUUCUCCAGCUGCUAAAGUGACACCUUCUUCAGCUGCUAAAGUGACACCUUCUCCAGCUGCUAAAGUGACACCUUCUCCAGCUGCUAAAGUGACACCUUCUCCAGCUGCUAAAGUGACACUUGCACCAGCAGCUAAAGCAGCACCUGCAAAAAGUGCACCCAAAGUUACUCAGUCUAAGACAGCACCCGUGAAAACACCUGUUAAACCAACAGCUGCAAAAACACCUGCAGCAAAACCAGCAGGCACACCUAAGAGUGCACCAGCAGCCAAAACUGUUACAGCAGCAAAGACACAGGCUGCACAGAAAGCUCCUGCCAAGACUGCUACUCGAUCAUCCUCACCUAGAGUAGCAGCUAAGGCAGCAUCAACUGUAACAGGAAAACCUGCAGAAGCAACAGCAGCGAAGGUAGCAACAGCAAAGAAGGACAUUCCAAAGGAUCAGGUCACUUUGUUCGAAGCAACAGAUGAUUCUUUUGAUGUGAGUGUUGAUGACACUCAGGUGAAUGAGAUUGAUGCAGAUCUGAAGGAGAACAAUGGAGAAGGAAAGACUGGUGAUGCUGACACAACAGCAACAAAUGACAAGGCUGUGGGAGGUGCUGGAGAGAAUAUCGAAGUGAAGACAGAGGACAUAAGUAUCACAGCAGAAGAGGAUGCAAAAAAUGAGAAGAAAGAAGAUGCAAAACCUGCCAAGAGGUUGGUUUGGUUUGUAUUGAUGUCUUCUUGAUCAUGCUAACAUCUUCAAGGUUGCUGAGUUUUCACUGGCUAUUACGACCAGGUGAAAGAGAUUCUCAUUGUAGAUGGCUGCUUCAGUCAUAUUGAAGUUGGCUUACACCAAUGAGUUAAGUAUUCUUUGGCGUUUGCUGUCUUUUAGAUGCUU